AUGGGACAUCCCCAAGCUAAUAGACAGGCUGAGAACUUUAAUCGAACACUUUUACAUGGCCUCAAAACUAGGUUGCACCAAGUCAGAUCAUCUUGGGUGGACGAACUCCCCAGUGUCUUGUGGUCUUAUCGAACUACAUCGAGAUCCGCUAUACAGGAGACCCCGUUUUCUCUAACAUACGGAUUCAAGGCGAUGGUUCCUUCCGAAUUCCUUAUCCUGAGUCCUCGGAUGGCAGCUUUUGCCACCGAAAUUAAUGAAAAAGAAAGGAGGGUGGAUCUCGAUCUCACCGAUGAGAAAAGAGAUGCUGCGGCAGCUUGGGUGACAAGAACAUUCUGGCUAGUUACUAUAAUGCCCGAGUUAAGCACCUUCAGUUCAGCCCGGGAGUUUUGGUUAUGCGAAAAAGCUCGGUUAGCCGAUUUGAGUCUCAAGGCAAGUUAG